GAGGAGGAUCGCCAAGGCGAAGUCGGUCCUGCGGGCGGCUUCGCCCGGUUACCAGAAGUACGUGGAGGACAAAGAGCGCCAGGAGCGGGACCGCGCCGUGCAGGAGCAAGGGAAACUGCUGGCGGAGGCGCUCGCGGGCAAGUUCGAGGAGGCCGUCAAGGCCGCAAUCCCCGCCCCGGUCUUCCAGCAGGCGCCGCCGGGCCAACCUUCGGCGGCAGCUGGCGGUGCCGGUGGCAGAGAUGGCUCCGUCACGCCAGUUGCGUUUCUGUCUAUGGACAAGUUGGGCUGGCUGGAGGCAGAGCUCCAGCACAAGAUCAAGCUCAAGAGCGGCGAGGAGGAAAAGUUCGUCGCAGCCAUCCUCGCCAAGAUGGGCGACAAGACGGUGGUGCAGGCCACCGCGAACAUCUUCAAGCGCCACUUCCCGACCAUCCAGGUGCCGCGCUCCAAGGACGCGCGCGCGCGGCUGCUGUUCUCGCAGUCAGGAGGCGUUGCCUUCUCUGUCAGAUUUGUCGUCGUCGUCGUGUGCUGCGUGGCCGCCGCUGGUUUCAUACUCGGCAUCUCGUGCACGGAUUCGGAGAAUCCGUUGCUGUACCAGUUGACGGCGUACGUCAAAGCACACACGGUGCAUUGGCGCGAGGCUCGCCUGCUGGAGGAGAUCGGAAAAAGCGUAGGUUUCCCCAUUACGCUCACAAGCGCUGCUGAGUUUAACUUCGCCACUGCAUCCACUUUCGGCGCAUUGGCGACGUGGGUUCGCAUGCGGCGGCGCCCGAAUCUCCAAUUGCAGGUCUAA